CUGCAUCCCUCCCCUUUCCCGCAUCCCCGCAUCCCCUCACCUCCGCAGCACCCCCGCCCUCUGCCAGGCCCCCCCCAGCCCCAGCCUGUACCAGCCCCUGCGGGGCUCGACGCUGCGCUCUGCCCCAGACAAAGGGGUCCCACCCCACAGGGCUGGGGCGGGGGGGGGGGGCCGGGCCGGGGGGAUGGGUCCCAGGAGCUGUCAGGAUCGCUGGGCUGGGAAAACCGCCCUUCCCUGGGAUCGGGAGCCUGGAGUCUGGCUCCAAAUGGAAAUCCCUUCCCGUCUGCCAGGGGGUGUCACUGGAGAGAUGUGAAGGAGCCACCCCCCCACACAAGAGGGGGCUGCUCCCUCCAGCCCCCCAAACCCCAUCAGCUCUAUCAGUCUCUGAACCCCUCCAGCCCCCCAAAUCCCUUCCAGCCCCCAAACCCCAUCAGCUCUAUCAGCCCCCGACCCCCUCCAGCCCCCAAACCCCAUGACCUUUAUCACCCCCUUAAAGCCCCCCCCCAGUCCCCUAAACCCCACCAGCUCUAUCACCCGCCAUGGCCUCCCCAGCCUCCAGGAGGUCCUGGCUGCUCCUCCAGGUCCUAUAAUCCCCCCAUCAACCCGCACUAGUCCCUUUGGAACCCCCAGAGGCUGGAGCAGGCUUCCCCCAACUUUGUGCUGCGGGGUCCCCAGCAUCAUGUCACGAUAUUGAGCACCACGGGGGUGCUCGGGGGCUCCAGAAGCUUCUGGCUGGUGCGUGACGCAGCGGCUCCUCCAGUGACUCACCCGCGGCGCUGGCUCGGCCCCAGCCCCUUCCCACUGCAUCCCUCGGAUGGUGUUCCGGGCAGGAGGCUGGGAGCGGCUCCAAGCGCCAUCCAUCACUCCCAACCAGCUCAUCCGAGAGACACUUCCCUGGCAUGGAGGGGAACCGGGGCGGGGGGGGUGCCAGCCCCCUCCCUGUGCUUCCCACUUAAUGCGGCUGCGUGCGGCCGCCCCCAUCCCGGGAAAGUUUCUCGUCCCUUCCCUGUGUCCUGCUGCGAUUUCCAUUAAUAGCCAGCUGAGCCGCCGGGCUAAAAAUAACCCUCGGCCGCCUUCAUAAGGCCCCAUAGUGCCGCCCCCCCCCGGCAGCACCAUGGCCGAGCGCCGCGUCCCCUUCACCUUCCUGCGCAGCCCCAGCUGGGACCCGUUCCGAGACUGGUACCAUGGCAGCCGCCUGUUCGACCAGUCCUUCGGGAUGCCCCAUAUCCCUGAGGAUUGGUACAAGUGGCCGAGCGGCAGCGCCUGGCCCGGCUAUUUCCGCCUCCUGCCCCGGGAGAGCGCGUUGCUGCCGGCUCCCGGUUCUCCCUAUGGGCAAGCGCUGAGCCGGCAGCUCAGCAGCGGCAUCUCCGAGAUCCGCCAGACCGCGGACAGCUGGAAGGUCACCUUGGACGUGAAUCACUUCGCACCCGAGGAGCUGGUGGUGAAGACCAAGGAUAAUAUCGUGGAGAUAACGGGCAAACACGAGGAGAAGCAGGAUGAGCACGGCUUCAUCUCCAGGUGCUUCACCCGAAAAUACACCCUGCCCCCCGGCGUGGAGGCCACAGCGGUGCGGUCCUCGCUGUCCCCCGAUGGCAUGCUGACGGUGGAGGCGCCGCUGCCCAAGCCCGCCAUCCAGUCAGCCGAGAUCACCAUCCCCGUCACCGUGGAGAGCCAAGCCAAGGAGCCGGCCAAGAAGUGAGGAGGAGGAGGAGGAGAAGCUGCCACCGCCCCACCCGAGCCGCAUCCUCACCCCCCGUCCCCGCUUGCAGCCCCCUUUUUAUUACUUUGUACUCGCCCCGUCACCGAGUGCCUUGAAUCAAUGUGAAGGAGCCGAUAGAAUCCGCUGGAAUAAAGAGUGGUGAAAGAAA